AUGGCGCCGCGAGGCAACCAAAUGUUGGGCAAUGCCCACUUUCGCAAGCAUUGGACGAAACGCAUAAAAACUUGGUUCAACCAGCCUGGACGUAAGCUUCGACGCCGUGAAAAUCGCCAAAAGAAGGCACUUGCCAUCGCUCCCCGCCCAGUCGCUGGACUGCUUAGGUCUGUUGUUCGUUGUCCGACUCAGCGUUACAAUCGAAAAGUAAGACUUGGACGUGGAUUUACUAUCGAUGAACUGAAGGCUGUUGGUAUUGGAAAGCAAGAAGCCAGAACCAUCGGGAUUGCUGUAGAUUACAGAAGGACCAACAAAUCCCUUGAAGGGUUUAAGGCCAAUGUUGAGCGCCUGAAGGAAUACAAAUCCAAGCUGAUUCUUUUCCCUAAGAAGCUCAGUGCACCACGUAAGGGAGACAGCAAUCCUGAGGAACUCAAAGUCGCCGCACAGCUCAGUGGUAAAAUUUUGCCAGUUUCCAACGUUAUUGACUAUGAACCUCCACGCGCCAUCAAUGAAGCAGAAAGGAAGAUUGAAAUCUACCGCCAUCUCAGACGAGUCCGUGCUGAUAAGAAGUACGCCGGUGUUCGCGAGAAGAGGGCUAGAGAGGCUGCCGAAGAAAACAAGUAA